UCGGGCAUGUUGGAAUGAAUAGGCGAUGGCUGCAACAUGGAUGUAAGUAAGCUCCUAGAGUCGACCUGUCAGUGUAGCUUUAGAUAGGCACGCAGCGGACUUACCAGCCACCGUCCGAGCACAGAGAUGAGACCAGGUUCGGCUGUGCGCGGUGUGACCUGGCGCCACGCAAUCUACCAGAUGCGAAAACCCACUGACAUCAUGGAUAGGCGCGUCAUACAAGCCCAGGGUGCUCGGAAGCAGCUCGACGCAGGUACGGGACAGCAAAGAAUGGUGGAAGUGAUCAAGCUGGUUCUUGUGAUGGAUCGUGCUCUGCCAAUUCUCCCGAUAGUGCGGAGCACUAAACAACGAAGAUGGGGCAGGGGAUUGUGUGUCGACAUCGCAGGGAGUGUUCUAUAUUUAUUUUCGCAGUACGAAUGGAAUGUCAAGUCCACACUGCAGCUGGGAGUGGGGCAAUGUUCAAUCAUCCAGUCUAGCUCUGCGCAUCCCAACAAGCCAGCUGUUAAUUCUCAAGUGCCAUUCCAGUUGUCUCAAUUGGGUUCCGACCGGGGGUCGGCGAAAUUAUCGCCACACCGACCGGUAAGCAAGCCUCAAGCAAGGAGUCGAGCCAGAGGCGUCUUUUUAGUUCCAACGUCGAAGCUUGUCUGCAGCCGGCGGAUCGGUGUACGUAGGCAAGUGUGAAUGUCCCUGGAUGCAAGUGAUAUGAAGAACAGAAGGAUGGAAACAGACAUGAAGAUUCUUGCGACAUCUGUAUCGGGAACU